AUGACGCGAACCUCUCGAUUGAUGUACUACAUGACGCUACCAGUACUGUACCAACGUGUCACGCUCCGCUCCUACCCCGAAACGCGCUAUGUCGAUGGACGACCAGAAGGAUAUGGAAGUGGUAGCCCCUUCGUCAUGGGCCUCAGUGGUCUCGCCUCGGGCAACUCGGCUCCGUUGGUGAAAGAGUUCACGGUGACAGGAGCUUGGUCGGAACCAGGCAUUGAUGAGUAUAGCAGGGGAAAGAUACCGGAUAGUACAAUCAUGCUUGGUAUCGCACUCCGUGCCGCAAUGGACAGGAUGACACACCUCAAGUCUCUUACAUGGUAUCUCGACUCCAAGCCGACCAAGUCGAUUUACCAAGGACUGGCUGCUCGACCGACCCUUGUCUCGCUAACUCUACGCUUUCCUCAAGUUCGGUCGCCUCGCCCGAUAGUCGUUAUACCGCCCAUGCCGAACCUGCGCCGUCUACGCGUAAGCGAUAUUGAUCCUCUUUGCUAUCCGGACGAUAUCUCUGGUUUGAUCUUCCAUGCCAAGCAGCUGGAAGACUUGCGCAUCCACUGGAGUCCUCGUAUGCGGAAAGAGGCGGAGCCCAGUAUCAGCUUCAGGAGUAUUUUUGGCCAAUGCUUGGAGGCAAAGUACAAGUUGAAGAUCAAACACAUUGGUCUCCAGAACUUCUACGGUCCCAACACUGGCGACAUGAAAGAGAUCUUCGAACCUGGCUGCGUUGAGAGUGCAGACUUCCUUGAUGUCUUUGGAGGAGUUUACGGCCGCCCCAGUUCUAUCUGGGUAGACGAAACGUGGAAAACCAUCCCGGGUCCUGAUCUCUUCAAGAAUUACAAAACGCACCGUAUUAGCGAGCCCGCUAUCGAACACGCCAAGAUCCUAUCUAUGUUCUCUGGUCUGCAGGAGCUGUACGUGAUUGGAAACAACAGAAACGACCGCGACAUCAAGUGGGAUGUGAACUCGCCUUUGACCACGGGUACGACGCCUGCCACCUCUACAUCAACACCUACUCCCACGUCCUUCGAGGAGAAGCAAGCUUCCACCGUUUGUAGAGCGUAUCUCCGAGCCUUAACCACAAAUCACGGUCAAAGUCUGACAAGAUUGCUUUUGCCUGACCAAUGGCCACUUUCGGGAAACCAGAUUGGUGAUCUUGUCAGCAAAUGUCCAAAUCUCGAACAAGUCGGCUUCGCACUGGACAAGGAUGCCGGUGAAGUGAUGACCCUCCUCGCACCUUUCUUCGUCAAGUUACGCGCGGUCAGAAUCUUAGCGAACGCGCAUACCGCUAGUAUUCUUGCAGAGACCGAGAUUGCUGGACUCAUUGAUGGGACUCGAACUGAGCCAUUGUAUUGGAGAUGUUUGAAUGUCAACAUCAGGUAUUGUGGUAUUGGCGAUAUCAUCUUCAAACUCGACAAGGCGAUACAGAUGCCGGACGAAGAAGGCAACCUCGAAUGGUUGAAUCUCGUGACACUGGCAACUCUCGAGGACGUCCAACAAUUCGAAGUUUGGAGACUGGACAAGUUUGAACUAUGGUAG